AUGGAAAAGCACAACGUUCAUGUUUUAAUUGGAAAUAUCCCUGAAAAACUUCGCUCUGCUGAUUUGAGGGCAUUCUUUUCGCAGUUUAUUGAAAGCAAUGGAUUUAUAUGCUUUCAUUACAGGCAUAGACCUGAAAGUAAACUUUUUUCAAGCGUUAACGCUACACAACAAGAUAAUCCUGAAAGUAGGAACAGUAAUAGCUUAGAGAAAGAGUCGUCUUGUGAAAGUCAAACUGUCAACAAAGAUUCAAAUGAUGGAAACGAUAGCCGUCAAGCAUUCAACAAGGCAAAUGUUCCCAACACAAAAUGUUGUGUUACUGUUAUUGAAAAGAAAAAUUUUCAAAAUUUCUUUCGUGAUUAUCAGAGAAAAAUAUGGACUGACAGAGAUGGGAAGUACUUCAAGAGUAGGACACUUAUAUCUCGUAUAAAACUAAAGGAUUCUAAGGAAGUUGAUCAGCUUGGUGCUGGCGAUGUUUCAACGAAACCAGAGCAUUCACAAUUAACUACCGAUGAUUUAGCUAGAUUACCAGAAUUAAAUCCUCCUCCCAUUAUGCCUAAUGGUAACGUUGGAACGCCAUUAUCUGUACUUAUGGACUUGAUUCGUACCUGCCGCUUUCCUCCAAGAAUGAUUAGCAAAUUAGAUCUUAAAUUCCCCAAAAAUCGGUCUUCAAGAAAAUACGGUGCUUUAGGCUAUAACUACUCUAAGAAAAAAGCUUUCGAUCUGCGUAAUAACCAAUUCGAUACGACAGAGACGAAUUCUAAAAUAAAUGACAAUGAAGAGUUAUUGGAUGAUGAGGAAAUAAAUCAUCAGUACGAAGAUAAAAAUAAUGACGAUGAUCAUGACCCAGAUGUCGAAGAAUGGGAUAGAUACGAAGCUAUAUUCGACGAUGUUGAUAAACAGGGUCGAACUAAGGAAAGAUUAUUCGAAGAUGAAAUUGAAUUGAAAUGGGAAAAAGGAGGUAGUGGACUAGUAUUUUACACUGAUGCUAAUUACUGGAAAGAACAAGAAGGCGACUUUGAUGAACAAACAGUUGAUGACUGGGAUGUGGACUUCAGUGCUUAUUACGAACGUGAUGGCGGCGACAAAGAUGUUCGAGAUAUGAUUCAAAUGAGGAUUGAGAAGCGUCGGAGGGAGGGUAUAGAGGAUACUUCCAUCGGAACUACUGGCGGAAUUGGAGAAUUUGAGAGGCAUACAAAGGGAUUUGGAGGGAGAAUUUUGCAAAGUCAAGGAUGGAAGAAAGGUGCUGGAAUAGGUCGUAUUCAAGACAGUAUAACAGAACCAAUCGAAACAAAUGGUCAAAAUCCUCGCUGUAAAACAGGAUUUGGCUACCAUGGUGAAAAACUUAAUCGUAAUGUCAAGAGACGUAAGGCAGAUAGCAACAGAUUAAUACCCACAAUAUAUGACAAUUUGGAAAAUGAACCAAAAGAUACCGCGUACCGUUCAGCUGGACCGGACACUUUGAAAUAUCGCUUUGUAAAUUUUGUUUCGGCUUCAGAACAUUCGCAGCCGUAG